AUGGGACGCGGUCGUGUGAAUGGAGACCCGGUCCGUUCACCCCCUCCGUGGCCCGGUCUCAGCCCGCCCCAAGCCGCCCGCCUCCCGGCUAUGAUGCUCCGCAUCUCCGGCCUCUCCGUCCGCCCGGAGCUCCGGGGCCUGGCGGCCUACGCCUCCGGGGCCAGAGCCCGGAAAAGAGGCCUGUCCGGCAGCCACCAGCAGCCCGCGGGGACCGGGCAGAGAACCGGGCAGAGGACCGGGCAGUGGCUCCGAAAGUGGCCGGGAUCCGGGCCUCUAACCCCGGCCUCUGAGCGGAAGAUAUGCCGCCGGAGGGUGGUCUUCGCCGGGGAGAGAACCCGGAUGUUCAGCUCGGAGCCUGGAGGAACUGGAGACCCACCGGGGGCCCCACCGGGGGCCCCACCGGGGGAACCACCGGGGGAACCGGACCGUCAGCCCCGCGUGUCCGUGGUGGGCAUCCCGGACCCGCUCACCUGGAUCCGGUGCAAAGUCAUAACAUAUCUGACUGAUCUUUACUUUGAGACAGACAUCAACUCGGUGGAGUUUGAUAGAGGAGUGAAGCAGUACCUGAAAGCAGCAGCAGCCGUGCCUAACGGACGUCACGCGUCGCGCGGUGCAUUGUGGGCGCAACAUGGGGUGAGUUGCGUAAAUGUCAGCAGACGCGGUCGUGUGAAUGGAGGUCCGGUCCGUUCACCCCCUCCGUGGCCCGGUCUCAGCCCGCCCCAAGCCGCCCGCAUCCCGGCUAUGAUGCUCCGCAUCUCCGGCCUCUCCGUCCGCCCGGAGCUCCGGGGCCUGGCGGCGUACGCCUCCGGGGCCAAAGCCCGGAAAAGAGGCCUGUCCGGCGGCCACCAGCAGCCCGCGGGGACCGGGCAGAGAACCGGGCAGAGGACCGGGCCGUGGCUCCGAAAGUGGCCGGGAUCCGGGCCUCUAAACCCGGCCUCUGAGCGGAAGCUAUGCCGCCGGAGGGUGGUCUUCGCCGGGGAGAGAACCCGGAUGUUCAGCUCGGAGCCUGGAGGAACCGGAGGCCCACCGGGGGCUCUACCGGGGGAACCACCGGGGGAACCGGACCGUCAGCCCCGCGUGUCCGUGGUGGGCAUCCCGGACCCGCUCACCUGGAUCCGGUGCAAAGUGAUAACAUAUCUGACUGAUCUUUACUUUGAGACAGACAUCAACUCGGUGGAGUUUGAUAGAGGAGUGAAGCAGCUCUGGGCCUCAGAGCUGCUGACCAAAGAGGUUUUUCUGUUAUCCGUUGGUCUGCCCAUCUGGCCUGAGUGCUUUCUCAUUACUCCCGGAGCAUUUACACACUAA